ACUCUCUUUCAAAAGCUUUUAUCUUAACCCUUACCUCAUUUGUCUGAUAAGGUCGAGGUCUCAAAGAAGCAGCGACGAAAAUCAUUGUACAGCGAAAUCCACAGACACCGGAAUAGAUCCAAAAGAAGCAGCCAAGAGACUCAACCUAGAGUGGGAUUCAGCUGCUGCAAUUGAAGAAGCUGCCGUCGAUAAUGAUGACACUGGAGUAGCCAGCAAAGCAAUGGGUUAUGGAGCUUGUACUUAGUCUUGUCUUUUCCAGGUAUCAUCGGUAUGUUUUACAAUUCGUCUUCAGUAGAAGUCGAAACCGUUUAGCUUUUUACAUACACCACCAGUGCGGGAACCCCCACCAGUGCUCCAUCAUCAAUGGUUGGUGACUUAAAGAUUAUGAAAUGAAUUUCAAUUAUUUAAUCACCUUCUUCCUCUAUCAACGGUUACUACUUAGUCUGGUUAUUUCCAGUUAUCAUCGGUAUCUCGGUUGUGUUAAUCUUGUUUUACAACUCCCUUCAGUAGAAGUCGAAAUUAUUUAGUUUUUUGCUUAGACCACCACCAGUAGACCAUUAUCCAUGUUUAAGAUUGUGAAAUGAAUUUCAAUUAUUUAAUCACAUUUAAUCAACACCUUGUGUGGUAUGCACAAACUCGGGUAAAUAUUCCAAAUCUUUUGGUAUACUAUUAUAAUUAAGUGUUGUUCGUGCGAACAUAUCUUAUCUUGUCUCAAUCUUGGGCAUGGGUCCCAUGUAAAUAACGUUGUUAUAAAACUUAAACUUGUGGUAUCUUUUUAUGUUUAUUGUUAAAAAAAAAGUCAAUAACAUUUUGGCUGAGAAUAAUAAGCAGGUGAAAAGAAAAGCUGGACGUGCUAAUCAUGACUUAGCCACCAUUAGCCACCAAACGUGCAGUCCAUGCUUACUCUUUGUAUAAGUAGCGCCGAUCUCGCUAGCCUCAAGACUUAACCAUUUGUCAUUUCUCUUCAUACUAGUCGACAUUUUCAAGAAAGUAAAGAGAAUGGCUGCUGCGGUUCUCAUGCCAAUCUUUAGCUUCAGAGACGAGAGCACUCAUGAGGAAAUAAAGAAGAAGAUUCUUGUCAAGCAAGCGAGUAUGAUGCAAUCUGAGAGAGAGAUAUCGAUGGACCCGAAAUCAAUCACAUCCAUGUCUUUCUCGGGUUCGCUGAAAAGGAACGAUAGCUUCAAUAUGGUUCUCUUACCGGCCAUGUCACCUCCUAGAGACAUAGAUGCACCUAUGCCCCUUCCGCUGCAGCCAGUACAGACUAACUUUGUGAACCGUAACCUCUCAAACUCAACCACUAAUUCUCCUAAACAACGUUCAGGUCUGAUGCGUUCGCUAAAAGGUAAGGAACAAGACUCGUCUUGGUCGGCUUCAUUCAGGGGAAGCAAAUCUUAUGGAUCGACGAGCAAGAGACUAUCUCUUAAAAACUCUUUCUUCAUCAAAACCGAAUCGAACAAGAGCAUCAACAACAACACAUUUGAAGACGGACUCAAAUGCAACGCUCUGUGUUUAUACCUCCCCGGUUUUGGUAAAGCAAAACCGGUUAGAUCAUCAAGGAAAGACGGUUCUUCUUCUUCCUUCACACGAACCACUACUACCACCACCACGUCAUCAUCAUCGUCCGUUACCAUUUCAAGAACGGUAUCCGUCAGAGAAUCCACCACAACCACUAUCUCUGUUCGAGCUUCAAUGGAAAAGUUCGGCUGUAGCUCCUACGCUUCUGAAUCCGGAGGAGAAGAAGGUCGAGGUCACUCCUUUAACUUGCCAUCCGAGCUAAGCAAGAGCUGAUCCGGUGAAAACGACCACGACGAUCCAGUUUCAGCAGCUUUCGUGUUUGACAAGGAACCUAUUGAGAAAGAGAUCAAAGGAGUUUUAAAGAUGUCUUGUUCAAAAAACAGUAGAUCGAUGGAUUCUUCGGUUCGUCAGGUUCGGUUCUCCACGUCACCGGCGAUCUCACCACGGUUUCUAGAAGCCACCAAGAAUUUCAAUGCUUUCUUGGAAGCUCAGGCCGUUUGAGUGAUGAUGAUGGUGUGAGUGUGAUCAAGUUCUCCAUUGUUUGUGUUUUGAGUUUAUUUUUAGUGUAUAUAUUUAGAAGAAAAAAGAUUAUAAGCGUUAAUGUUGGUAAAAUUUCUUUGUUAUCUGGAAUGAAAGGAAAUGAAUCUACCGUU